UUACAGCAACUUUCUUGUCUUCAAUCUUCAGAUGGGGUAUUACCGUCAACAUGGCAAGUUUGUUGGUUCCUACGAGUCAUGCAGUACAGCGGCAUUCAAACAUGGCCGUACAGAGACUGUGCGUCCUGCAUCACUCGCCACAGUUGCCUGCAGUCAGGCGUUUGAUAGAACCCAUAAAGCAGGCGUAGACGAAAUGACUAGUUUGAUACAGAAAGCAUCGGAGUAUCACAAUCAGUUGAUUAAAGAAGCUGCCAUGGGUAAGUGCUUUUGAAAUAUUAAGGCGAUUUUUGCUGCGAUUUUCUCCUUUUGGAGGAUGUGAAGGAGUAGAUUACUUAAUGAUGUUGUUAUGAGAUUCCAUAACCUGGAACAUUUAUAACUCAUCCACUUCUUCACAUCCUCCAAAAGGAGAAAAUCGCAGCAAAAAUCGUCCGUGUAAACGGGCCUUUAGAGAGGUUAAGAUGCCCCAGUUUACGGUAUGAGUAUCGCCAUUUUGUUUACCAAUUUUCGCUGAUGUCAGCAUGUUUACGCGGAAUUUCUACCCGUUUUCCCGCGGUAAACUAUGGUCUACGGACAACGGGUGCGAGUGUUUUCUGUUUACUAUUUGUGGACCGUUUAAGUAGUAAAAUAGUACAACAUUCUUUCCAAAUUUAUUGUUGUCUAAUCAACAUAUACUAGUUAAUUCGAAUGACAGUUUAAGACUCCUUAGACCACUCUCUCCCCACAACGCCUCUUCCCUACAACGCCUCCUCCCCACAACGCCUACUUUAUCGGCACCUACUCAAAAUAAUCUGAAAGCUCUGGCUGUAACAAACUUGGUCUCACAGCUUGUCUACAAGAUGUAUUCGCACUUUUUUCUUCCCUUCGAUGUCCAUAUUACAAAUCUUUGACUGUGUUGAAAUAUGAUUUUGGACUCUUUGUGGUUACUUGAGUGUGGGGUGAGUGUAGGGCAGUUAAACAAUGGGAAAUGACCAGUGCUGCUUUGUGCGCACUAUUUGCCUGUGAAGCGGGCCUUUUAGAACCAGAAAUCGGGCUGAAGCACGCGCUCGUUCCACUGAUAUCAGUGGUUCGUUCUUUUGAUUUGGCAAAAGAAGCACGACAAAUGGGUGAAAUGGCAAAAUUCGCUCGGUGCCGGGUUGCAAAAACAACUGCAAACUGCUCUAAUUCUUUCUGUCACUUUCAUUUGAUCCGCGAGUCCGCCUCAACGGCCUUUGAUCUCCUUUUUCAGGGCAAGGUUUUGAUCGUCAUCUGUUUGGUCUACGUCACAUUGCACAAUCAUCAAGCAAGGUACCUAAGAUCUACCAGGAUCCCUCAUACACCCGUCUUAACCAUAUCAUUAUAUCCACUAGUACCCUCUCAAGUCCUAGUGUCUUAAUGGGGGGUUUUGCGCCUGUGGUACCUGACGGACUGGGUAUAGGGUAUAGUAUAUUUGAUGAUAGUCUUGGGUGUAAUGUUUUAAGUUACGGACUGCCGACUGACGUCCGAGGAUUUCUCGAGUGUGUACGAUCUAGUCUCGAGGACAUCUACGAAGUAUUGGAAGGACGAAAUUUUAAAAAUAAAUCUGGGUGAUGAACCCAUAACUAACUGGCCGGGAGGGUUGCUGUUGAUUUGUGCGCAGGCGCAAUAUACUACGAACGGAACUGCUUUUAUUUGAAAAUAAUUAAAUUCGAAAAUAGAUUAAAGUUCGAAAAUAACUUAAUGUAUGUGAAAAUGGGCCCGAAAGGUGGGGAGUAGCUAUGCCUGCAUUCAGGUUUUUACGGCUGUAAAAAUGAAAUUUAUUUAGUGAUAACUACAGUGAAGCACGCAAUUUGAUUGGUCAAUAGCCGUGCAGGAUCAGGCUAUCCUGCACGAGGAAUUAAAAUGCCUUCGCGGGAUUUUCGCGG